AUGUAUCAAGCGUGGAUCAGGGGGCAUCCUCCACCUUCAUUCCCCACUAACUACAUAGAAAAUCCCGCCUCCAUCCCACCACUGUCACAAGCCCAGGUUCCCACUACCGUUGAUCUUUCCCCUCAACAUGCGCCAGGCCUUACCCCUUACCCCCACUACCCUAGCACCUCGUCCCAAACUUUCCAUGCUCCACCAGCUAAAACAGCCUCAUACCCUGCUCUUGUUUUCGUAGCCCCUCCACAAGCUACCCUCCACCGAUAUUCUAGUGAACCUGCGUUCAAAGUUCCAGAUGCCCAAUACUAUGCUCCAGAACCAACUUUCAAGGUCCCGGAUCAUUAUUCUUAUACCUCUCACUUUGAACCUCCUAUUGAAACCGAGAAGCCAUCUAAGAAGGUGGAGCAAGAUGAGAUAUUCAGGAAAGUGAAGAUUUUAUAUCAAUAUUUGAGGAUCAUGCAAGGGAUAGGAAACCAAGUAAGUGUGGCUUACAAGGAUUUGUGCUUAUUCCCUGACGUCCAAUUGCCUGCUGGGUUCAAGAUGCCCAAGUUUGACCUGUAUGAUGGACAUGGAGAUCCCAUGGUGCAUUUGAGAGGUUUUUGCAGUAAGAUUAGAGGUGCUGGUUGUAACGACAAAUUAUUGAUGGCAUAUUUCAGUCAGAACAUUGUCCUGGAUCGCCUAUCCUUGACCAAGGUAGAAAAGAAGCCCAGUGAAAGCUUUAGAGAAUACAGGUUCAGAUGGAGAGAGAAAGCUGCACGGGUUAACCCUCCGAUGGAAGAAGACGACAUGCUCAAGUACUUUCUUCAAGCCUUAGAGCCUACUUACUUUGGCCAUUUGAUCUCAGCCGUAGGAAAGCCAUUCAUCGAUGUGGUAAAGAUGGGAGAAAUGGUGGAGAAGGGACUCAAGUCAAGAAAUAUCAUGAGCUACUCUGCCAUAAAAGCAACCACACAGGCAAUCCAGAGUGGCACUGGAAGUUUGGUAGGCAAGAAGAAGAAGGACGACAUCGCUAUGACAUAUGCUCAACCCCCUUCUUACCCGCAAUGUCGUGCUCCAGCUCCACAAAAUCCUUAUCCGCCCCAACAACCCUACCGAAACCCUACUGGUCCAAACUUCCGACCAAGGUCGGAUUACAGGAGGGAAAAGAAGCAGUGGAAAGAAACCUUCACCCCUCUGGGAGAGUCCUAUGCCAGGCACAACAAAGAGAAGUUUUGGCAUUUGAAAAGGGCAGUACAAGAGUUGAUUGAUACACAUCAAAUUAAAGUGCAGAGCCUGGAUGCACCAAACAUCAACCAAAAUCCAUUGCCAGCCCAUGCAGAGACACACAUGAUUGAAAUAGUUCGCAAGGACGGGGAGUCCAACAAUUCUUCCAACUCUAUCAUGAUGAUUUGUGCUAGUGAAGGUAAGUCAAUUAAGGCUCCAGACUCUACGAAAGCAAUGCCCUUGACAAUUGAAAGGGUGACAGAGAAAUCAAGCAUGCUUAACGUGAAGUCGCCUGUGCCGGUUGUGAAAGCGGCUCCGAAGGAUAUUAGGGCAAGUCAAGAAAAGACAAAAGUGGUAGUGCUAGGGAUUUCGAUCAAGCCUUUUGUAGUCGUGAAGGGGGCUCGUAUCACCCCUAUUGUUAUUAAGCCAGUGACCCAGUUGCCAGUGGUAGAUACAAAGGCCGUUCCGUGGAAUUACAAACAAGUGAUAGUGACAUACAAAGGGAAAGAAGUGGAGGAAGAAGUCAAUGAAACUAGAGAACUAACUCGUUCUAGGCGAUGUUUUACCCCAGAAGAAUUAAGAAUGGCCAAGACAUUCAUGGAUAGCAAAAUUCUAGUAAAGAAGCCGGUCACUGAAGAAGAGGCUGAAGAAUUCUUGAGAAAAGAUGAAAGUGCAAGACUAUUCCAUGGUGCAACUAAGGAAAACACCGACUCAGAUCUCUUUUCUGUCUCUGCUGAUACAUUAAGAUGA